CCACUGCGCCACCAGGAAAGUCCCUUUAUCUAGGUUUAAUCUGCUGUUUAACCUACACAUUGCAUUUUAUUUCAUAUAUGCUAUUUAUCAUCUCUAGUAGUACAGAAUUCUUUUUUUUUUUUUUUUUCUUCCCUGCAAAAUCUUCCUGGACCUAACAGGACCUAAUGGUCCUUUUGUUGCAUGCUCAUCCUUUAUUUCUUCAAAUAUACUAUAUGUAGCUAUGCUGUGUUCUUUUCCUGACACUUCCAGUAUCUGCUGUGUGUAGCGUCUGCUGACUCCUGCUCUCAGUGGCCUGCCCUCUCGUGUGUUUUAGGAUCUUUGUGUAUGAUCUCAGUGUGUGGGAGUUCUGUACACCUCUGUAGGGGAAAACUUUUUCCAGCGAGGACUUGCUUUUACUUCUGCCAGUAGCCAGAGGGCACCAACCACCGGAGACCACUUCAGCCCUGCAGAAGAAAGUGGUGCAAGACUCUCGCUGCUGUCUGGCUACCGAGCUCUGGGCCUGUGACGAGCCAAAGGAGCAGAACAUGGGGCACCUGCUCCUCAUCACUGGCCCCAGGCUCUGUAGCCACAAAGUCGUGCUGCCCUCUCACUUCCUUUCUGGCCCCAGUUCCUACCUUUUUUGUGGACUUCUCCUACCUCUUUUAUGUCCAACAGUGCCUUAAAAUUGUAUUCUAAGCAGAAUAUAAUUGCUCUCUAGUGGGAGGGCUCCACAGAGCACCUAAUCAGCCACACUACAAGAAGCAGGCCUCAUAGUUAACAUUUACUGAGCUUUGACUAUAUGGCAGACACUAAGCACCUCACAUGGAUUAAGUCACUCAAACCUCACAACAACCCUACAGGAUGUGUAUUCUUGUUAUCCAUGUUUUAUGGAUGAGGACAUGGGGGCACAGAAAGGUUAAAUUACCAACCAAGUUCUCACACAACUGGCGAGUAAUAGAGCAGGAAUUCCAAGUCUGCUGUCUGGCUCUAGGAUCCAUGCUCUCGCCCACUGCAAGCCACAGUCAGGGGAUUUUGUUUGUAUCAGUGUGUGAUAUUGUGUGUGUAAGUCAAUUUCAGCAUGUGUGCAUGUGCCAGAGUAGCUGUUCCUGUGUCCGUGGAUAUGAAUGUCACUUGUGUGACUGCCUUCAGAUGCUCACUCUGAUGUCACCUUCUCAGUGUGGCCUUCUCAGGACCAUCUCAUUUAAAAUCAUACACUCCCCUGCUUAUUCUUCCUCUGUACUACUAAUAAAUCUCUAACACACUACAUAGUUUACUCCUUUUGUUUAUGUCUGCUUCCCCAAUAGAACAUGAGCUCAUUCUGGCUGCUGUGGGGAGAGCACACCCUAGGCAGGGUGGGUGCAGCCCAAGCCCAGCUCCUAUUAAGGAACCCAAAAAGAUGAUGCCCAGAACAGCCCUCCCUACGGUCAAGAAGCUGGUGACAGCCCCGACUGGGCCAAGCAAAGCCAAGCCAUCUUGGACACCCAGCGGAGACAGUCAGAAGCGCCCUUCCCGAAACUCCAGCUCCAGCAGCAGUUUCCUCGGUGGGUGUCCAGGCCAGAGAGGCAGAAAGCGAGCCAAAACCCAGGCUUCACAGCAACGCUCUGCAGCCAGUCGGGGCGAAGAGCGGAGCAGCCUUACAAAGGCCCCUCGUGUGAAUAAAACCCCAACUCUGGACAAGACCCCCAGCCUAGAGAAGACCCCAUCUCCAGAUAAGGCCCCCAGUCCAGAGAAGACCCCGUCUCUGGAUAAGGCCGGCAGCCCAGAGAAGACCUUGUCUCCAGAUAAGGCCCCCACUCCAGAGGAAUCCCUAACUCCAGAUAAGGUCCCUAUCCUAGAGGAGACCCCAACUCUGGAGGACAAAGCCCCCAGACCAGACAGGGUCUUUUCUGUGCAUGAGGCACCGGUCCCAGAAGUCCCACCUGGUCCAAAGAUGGACCCUCCUGGGGACGAGGCCCACACCCUAGGAAAGGUCUUGACCACCAAACAGGUGCUCUCUGAAGAGGCCUCCACCCGAGACAACACUCAGUUCCAUCACUUCUCUCCGGAGGAAGCCCUGCUAAACGCCAGGUCUCUUGAGGCCAGUGAGGCUCAGUCCCAAGAGGAGGUUCACAUGCCAGGGGAGCACCCCCUCUGCAUGGCGAAACGUCCCCUGGAUAAGAGGGACAGCUCCCCUCUCCAGUCCGAGCCCAAGUCCAAGUCAGGGUCCAUGCCUGCCCUUGAGAAGGCCGACCCCCAGGAAGAGGCUACCACUCUCCUGGAGGAGGCACCAGCGAAGGAUGAGGCCACCCCCAAAGAGGAGGUGCCCCCCGAAGAGGUAUCCCCUGCUCAGAAGAAUCCACAUCCUAUCAUGCUGACUCCAGAGCCCCAAAUGACUCCCACCCUCCACUCCUUGGUCCCGCAAAAUCUCACAGAUAGCAAAAGUGACAGAGACGACAUGGUGAGGAUAAAGGACGAGGUGGAGGCUUUAAGGAGGUCGCUGGAGCUGAUGGGGGUGCAGCUGGAAAAGAAGCUAACUGACAUCUGGGAGGAGCUGAAGAGCGAGAGGGAGAAGCGCACGUUGCUGGAGAUGACGCGGAGGACCCAGGAGUCCCGGAACCUGGGCUCCAUCCACGCGCAGACGCAGACGCACUGAGGGGUGGGCCCGGGAGGGACUACGGCGGGACCUGGAGCGAAGUCGGGCUCCGGCCACCCACGUCCUUGCACACGAUUUUGGGAAACGCAAGAAAGUAAACUCUGCCAUGUACGCGC